UCACAGAUACCUGCAAAUGUUCAGUGUGUUGCAUGAGAGUGUGUUUCCUGUGACAGGAAAGAAGAUGCACAGAGCAAUGCCCUGCAGACUUUCUGAGACUUUGUUUUGUGUAACCAAGGAUGUCCACUGAAAACCCUGAUAGUCUUGACGAGGCAAAUACAAAGACUGAAAUUGAGGAACUCCUAGAUGAACUCAAAUCUGCAUCUCCUGAGAAAUAUGAAUGUGGUAGGGAACUUUUCAAGAUCUUUGAGGAGAAAAGGCCAUUAACAGUUGAAGACUUGAAAAGACUGCUUCCACUUUUGAAGUCAAAGCAAGACAGAAAGAAUUGUAAGAGUGUAAAAGUGAAGGUCUUACCAGUGACUGGAUCAAAAACCAAUGGUGCUCAUGAAAAAAUUCUGAAGUUGAUACAUGCAAAGAAGGAUCCUAAAGACUAUGAGUGGGUCCUGGUCUUCUGUCCUGUCCUUUCUCGAGUUUGGACAGACGUGGACAUGGCCUUGGCAAAAAUUCCAGAUGAAGCAAAAGAGAAGGACGUUGUUCUGGUGCUGAUGCAUUACACAACAGAUAUCAGUCUUUCUACAACAACACAGAAGCAUCCAGAUGUUAAGUUCAGCGUUGACGUUCUCUUCCAUGACACUGGCUAUUUUCAGUGUGACAAAAACAAACAAGCCAUAGAGCAAAUUAAAACAUUUUUCAAAUCUAAACCUAACACAAAAGAAGCCAUAAAGCAACUGAAAAAGAUAAAAGAAGAGACGAAGACCUAAAGUAGAAGAACAUUGUGGACAAAUGUUUCCCUAAAAAUGAACGUGGCAAUGGAUUCAUUUAAAUUUAUGGCCAUCCUUAGCUAUUUUGUAAAAUUAGCAUUGAUGAUCCUGAAUUUGUAGACAACCUGUGGGUCAGGAAAUAUAAAUAAGAAUUGUUUUAUCAUUUCUACCUUCAUUAUAGACAAAUAUAGACACAGACACAUUUUUUACCUACAUUUCUUGGGAGUUUAUGUCAAAAACACCACAUCUUUGUUGAUUUUUUUAAGGAGUAUUCUCAGAUAUAUAAAAAAACAAAACAAAACCGAAACAUUUGUGUAUAUAUGCAAAGCACUGUUGUGAGUACACUGUUAAAGUACAGUUUGGUAACAUGGUUUGGCUUAUUAUGAAUGUAUUAAAUUAGAUGUGCUAUUUCCUGGACUGCUGUGUAUCAUCCCCUUUGUCCUACAACUUUGGAUGAUUAUUUAAAAUGUGCAUUAGAUCAGAGAGUCCGAAACCUUCUAUUUUCCAUGGAGAUUGUGUCGUUUGUCUGGAAUGUUCAACCGAAUGGCAUUAAAUCUGGAGAUAGAUGGAGAUUGAUUGUUUCUUGGCAAUAAAAAAAAAUAAUUGAUUAUGU